AUGAAGGUUUUGGAAAACAGCUGGCUCCUUUUGCUCUUUGCACUUAAUCUGAGAGGCAUCUUCUCCUCCUUUGUCAAUGUCAACCAUGGGGUGAAAGUGAUGAAGGGUCAGUCUGUUUUCCUGUCUCAAGAAGACCUGCAGUUUUCCAUUCCCAGCAAGAACGAUGCCUGCAAAAUAGAAGUUGUGAUGAAUGAGCCAAUAACCCAGAGAGUUGGGAAACUAACUCCACAGGUAUUUGAUUGCCAUUUUCUUCCCAAUGAAGUCAAGUACACUCAUAAUGGCUGCCCAAUUCUCGAUGAAGACUGGGUCAUGCUGAGGUUAUACAGAUUUACAGAAAUGGAAACGUUCACAGAGACAUUCACCCUUCAUAUUCAGUUACUUGAACCAGACUGUAAUAUUAUCAAAAUGACCCCCAAUGCCCUGGAGGUCCCUGAGUUUCGUGGCCUGUCUAAUGUCAUUAACAAGAACAUAAUUACUUUAAACUAUAACAGAAAGAUAAAUGUGGAGUGCACUAUAAGCCUGAUCUCUUUAGAGACCUUUCUACCAGCCCAUGGUCAGUUGGUUACUGAAGAAGCUAAAGAAGAAGGGCCUCAUGGGGACCAUCCUCAAAACUUCUUCCCCACAUCCAAACCCAGGUGUCAGAGCGGGAGCUGCAUUUCAGGUCUGAAGAUCAUUCAGAACAUCAGAGUGACCUGUGAGGAUUUUCUCUUAAUGGGCCUUAGAUAUCAGCACCUGGACCCUCCUUCGCCCAACAUUGAUUACAUUCCUGUCAGGCUGGACCUCACCGACAUCCGAAGCAAGACUGUGUACAAGACUGAACAUUCUUGGCUUCCAGUUCAGAUCAAAGGGGCAAUUUCUAACCAGGCUCCCCAAGCUGCCUUCAUGGCUCUGUUCACCCUGGAAGCAGACCAGUUCAUUCUGAGCCCUUUGUCUACGGCCAUAUUGGAUGCUGAAGACAGUGAAACACCCAAAUCUCUUCUGGUGUUCAAUAUUACCAAGCCACCCCAAGAGGGUUUCAUCACUCAUCUGCAAGACCACACAAAGCCUAUCUCAUCCUUCAUGUGGAACAGCCUCAAUGAUAUGCUUAUAGCAUAUCAGCCUUCAAAUAGCAGCCAUACAGAGAGGAAAAAUUAUGAGGUGGAAUUUGAAGUUCUUGAUUUCUACUUUGAAAAGAGUUCACCAAUUACUGUUCAUAUCUCUGUUAGAACAACACAUACAAAUGCUCCUCGGGUUUCAUGGAAUACAGGUCUUGAUCUCCUGGAAGGGCAGUCUCGACCAAUAACCUGGGAACAAUUUCAGAUAGUAGACAACGAUGAUAUAGAUGGUGUUCGCUUAGUCAUUGUUGAUGGUUUACAGCAUGGACAGCUCACACUAAGAGGAGGAAAAGGAUUCAUGCUCACAGUCUCAGACCUUAAGGCUGGAGUUGUUCGUUACCACCAUGAUAACAGUGAUUCCACGAAGGACUGUAUUGUCUUUCGAAUCUUUGAUGGUCGACACAGCAGUCGUCAUAGGUUUCCAAUCAACAUCUUACCUAAAGAUGAUAGUCCCCCAUUUCUCAUCAGCAACACUGAAAUAAAAGUAUAUGAAGGUCAAACAAUCCUGAUCCAAAGAUCAAUGCUUCUAGCUACUGACAUGGAUUCUAGUGAUGACUACAUACUCUUUAAUAUCACCAAAACAUCACAGGCAGGAGAAGUCAUUAAGAAACCUGGACCAGACCAUAUUGGUUACCCAGUCACUAAAUUUCUUCAGAAGGAUCUGUUUAAUGGGAUAAUUUAUUACCAUAAUUUAGGAGGAGACAUAUUUGAAGAUUUAAUUGAAUUGGUUUUGUGUGAUAGUCAUGAUCCUCCUAAUUUUUCAGAAAUUCAGGUGGUAAUAGUGCACAUAAUCCCUGUGGAUGAUCAGCUUCCUAAAGAAGCUUCAGGAGUGAACCGCCAUCUUUCUGUCAAGGAAACGGAGAUUGCUCAUCUAACAAAGAAACAUCUCAACUAUAUUGACAUGGAAGCCCAAGAAAGGGAACUCGUUUACACCAUAAUGUCUCUCCAAUUCAUUCUGUCCACGCACCACCAUGCUGACGCCGGGAAGUUAUUUAUGAUAGACAGCAUUCCUAAGCUGAACAAGGAUCCUGCUGCUCCAGCACUGAAGUCAUUCACUCAGCAUGCUAUAAACCAUAUGAAAGUUGGCUAUAUGCCCCCUUUGCAGGAUAUUGGUUCUGAGCCUCAGUAUAUCCAGUUCAUAUUUUCCAUCAGCAAUCAACAUGGUGGAACUUUGUCUGGCAUCUCUUUUAACAUUACCAUUCUCCCAGUGGACAAUCAAACUCCGCAGGUGUUUACAAGGAACCUGAAAGUAGAGGAAGGCGGUUUGUGUGUUAUUACAGAGGGCCACAUUUUGGUUUCAGAUGAGGACACAAAACUGGAAAACAUUUGCAUCCUGCUGUUAAGACCACCUCUCCAUGGGACAGUUGAGCUGGAUGGGAUCCCUAUGACUCAAGAGGACAGGCUGACUUGGGAAGAUUUGCACAUGUUCAAAGUCAGAUAUCGUCACAAUGGCUCUGAGAUUCCACAGGAUGAUAUCCUGCUUGCAGCUACAGAUGGUGUCAAUUCCUUUGAGUUUGUCCUUCAUAUUGAGGUUAUGCCUGUAAAUGAUGAACCUCCUGUCAUGAAUGCAGACCUCAUUCCUUUCAUGCAAUGUUCAGAGGGCGGGGCAGUGUUCUUCACCUCAGAAUCCCUCCAUGCCACUGAUAUAGAUAGUGAUGACAUGCAACUGAUGUUCAUGCUUGCUCGGCAUCCUAAACACGGAGUUGUGAAGAAAAAUGGACUUACAGUGGAUCGUUUUCACCAAACAGAUGUUAUUUCUGGAGUAGUAGCAUACGAACAUACUAAUGGAGAGAUUGGCUUGACUCCUUUAUUUGAUAUCCUUACCUUCAUUGUCUCUGAUGGUGAAACUGGCCAAGAUGUUGUCUGUUGUUACGAUGGACCUCCUGUGCCAUUGCAUAAAUCCUUUCCACUAUAUGACAUAAACAUCACAAUAUUUCCAGUGGAUAACCAGCCACCAUCCAUUGCUACUGGUGCCAUGUUUAUUGUGGAUGAGGGAUCCUCAGCUGCCAUUACAAUUAACCAUUUGUAUGCCACCGAUCCUGACACCAAUGCAGAUGACUUACAGUUUGUUUUAGCUUCUCCUCCUCAAUUUGGGUACAUCGAAAAUAUAUUACCUUCCCCAGGCUUUGAGAAAAGCAACAUGGGAAUAGGUAUAGGCUCAUUUCAGCUGAAAAAUGUGAAGGCCCUCUACAUAAACUAUGUCCAGACCAGGCAUAGGAGAAUAGAAAUAACCAAAGACCAAUUUAUGCUUUAUGCCACUGAUGGGAAACAUCACUCAAAGGAGUCACCAUUUUAUGUCUUAAUCAACCCUACAAAUGAUGAAGUCCCAGAAUUCAUAGCAAGGAAUAUUACGGUGCAAGAGGGCCAGAUGAAAGAACUGGAUCCAUCUAUAAUUAAUGCAGUUGAUCUGGAUAUACCUCAAGACUCCCUGAUGUUUACUGUUCUCCAGCAGCCUCAACAUGGGUUCCUUGUUAAUGGAUUGUAUGGUAAUGAUGUCAUCCUUUAUAAAAUGGCAAUCAACAGUCACCAGCAUCAUGAACUUCCUGUGCAUAGUUUUUCCAUGGAGCUUCUAAAAAACGGAAUGAAGCUGAUGUAUAUGCAUGAUGACUCUGACAGCCUAGCUGAUGGCUUUGCAAUACAGCUAUCAGAUGGGAAACAUAAAGUGUCAAAAACCAUUUCAGUAGAGGUCAUUCCAGUUAAUGACGAGAAACCAAUGCUGAGCAAGAAGGGUGAAAUAGAGGUGAAUAUGGGAGAAGCCCAAAUUAUUUCUAAUGCUGUUCUGUCAGCUGUAGAUAAAGACACCCCUAGGGACCAAAUUUACUAUUUAUUUGAAAGAAUCCCAGAAAAUGGACAUCUUCAGCUCAAGGUAGGUCAUGACUGGGUGACCCUCCAAAAUGGAAUGCAGUGUACCCAGGAGGACAUUGACGUGAACUCUGUGAGAUAUGUGCACACUGGAGUAAUUGGCUCAAAACAGCAUGACAGUUUUGUGUUUCAUUUGUGGGAUGGAGACAACAGAUCCCCAGCCAUAGUUUUCUUUAUUACUACUAAAAACAUGGAAAAAGAAAACACUGCAGUUUUUAUAAGACCCCUGACUGUGUUGAAAGGUGACAGAGGCCUCUUGAACACUGAUGUCCUCCAUGCAGUUGAUGGUACUGAGAAACCAGAGGAGCUGCUCUAUGUGAUAACAUCUCCACCACAGUAUGGACAGAUUGAGUAUGUCCGCUAUCCUGGAGUUCCUAUUACAAGUUUCAGCCAAAUGGAUGUCGCAAGCCAUGCAGUCUGCUAUGUCCAUAAUAGCAAGGCAGUUGCUCCAAGUGAUACCUUCAGAUUUGUCAUCAGCAACGGGCUAAGAAUUAAACAUGGAAAGUUUGACAUUAUUCUGGAAACAGUAGACCAGGCGUUUCCCACAGUGGUCAAGAACGAGGGGUUACGAUUGCUUGAAGGUGGUAUGGCAUUCCUUUCUCCAGAUGUUCUACAGCUUUCAGACCCAGAUACAGCGCCACAAAACCUUUCCUUUCUCCUAGCACAACUCCCACAAUACGGACAACUGUACAACAGAGAGUCUGGGCUGUGGCAGCAAAGCUUCAGCCAGCAAGAUGUGGACAAUCUGAACAUUGCUUAUAGACAUGGAGGAGGGGAUUCUCAAAUCGACAGAUUUACAUUUGUGGCAACAGAUGGAGUGAACGAAGGCUUCAUUGUAAAUGGCAAGGUGCAAGCAGAGCCUUUGGCGUUCAUCAUUCAGGUGGAUGGUGCAGUAAAAGCAUCACCAGGAAUUGUCCACCUUCAUAGUGCUUCAGAUGUGGAACUUCUGAAGAAUGGCAACUAUGGCAUUUAUAUUACAACCAGGUCAUUAAAGGUAUCGAAUUGUGGUGUCGAUGAUGACCAGAUUAUUUUUAAAAUUUUACGAGGACCUCAAUAUGGCUACUUGCAAAAUAUAACAGCAGGUGGAUUUAUUCAGGAAGAAUUCAGUCAAAAGGAUUUAAGAAGCAAAGCCAUACUUUAUAUCAUUGACCCAUACAGGAAGGGGAACUCUGAUGACCUGGAGAUUCAAGUUACUAAUCCUGAUGGAAUGCUUGCAGCACCUCAAAUUCUGGAGCUAAAGUGGUCUAAAAUUGAAAUGCAACAAGAUUGUUAUGAAGUAUGUGAAAAUGUGGGGACUCUGCCUUUGAAAGUCACCCGUUUGGGGCACAUCACAGAUUCUGCCUUUGUUGCAGUGAAGGUCACUGAAGUGACGGCUUUAUCAGGAAAGGAUUUUACAAUAGCACCUUCCAAACUUAUUCAGUUUGAUCCAGGAAUGUCAACCAAGAUGUGGAAUAUAGCAAUUACCUAUGAUGGAUUAGAGGAAGACGAUGAAGUCUUUGAAGUGGUUCUGAUCUCCCCUGUGAAUGCUGUUCUUGGCACCAGGACAAAAGCUCGAGUGAAAAUUUUGGACUCAAAAGGAGGGCAAUGCAGUUCAUUCCAUUCCUCCAGCCAAAACUUACGGAUGAAAGGCACAUUGCUUCCAGCCUCCUCAGGCUACUCUUCAUCUUCCAGUCAUGGCACUGUUCACUUGGAAGGAAUCCCACUGUCCUCUUCCAAAGAGAUGGUAUUGCAGAGAAGGGACAGGCUACCAGAAUUCAGAUCAGAGAAUCUUUCAAGGAGCAGGCUAAAGGCCAUUGGAAAUGGCAAAACAGUUCACCCUUCUUCCAUAUUUACAAAUGGCACUGGUGUUUUUUUUAAAUACCAUGGGAUGGCAGUACUAAGAGUAGAAGAUGACAGCCCAUCGCCUAACAAAAACAAGAUGGCAACUGGAUCAUUGAUAAGCCAAGAUGAGCCAAACAAAAAUGUGGCUUCCCCAAGAAAAACAGAAAUUCCACAAGCAGACUCUAACAUUCAGAUCCCAAAACUCGCCUUUCCAAAGAGUUGUACACCAGAUUUAAAGGGUCUCUUGCAUUUUGAAGAAAACAUUCAGAGGUUGUUUCAGUGUGAUGGUAUUUCUUGGACUUUCUGGAAUUCCACAAGCAAGAAUGGUAACUUGAAAACUUGUCCUCCUGGAUGGAGCCAUCAUGAUGGAAGGUGCUAUAUCCUAAUCACUGAUCAGAAAGUCCAAUGGAAUGAAGCUGCACGGACUUGCAAAGUACGGUACCAUGGCAGUUUAGCAAGUGUGGCUUCCAAAUUACAUAUGCAGUGGCUGUGGGACUUCAGUGAAAGGAGACCCUUUUGGAUAGGCUUGAAUGAUCGAAGAAAUCCAGGCCAGUUAGAAUGGAAUGAUGGAGAAAGUGUCGGUUUCACCAACUGGAGAAAAGUUCUGCCUCAUCUUUCAAAGAAAAAAAAGAAUUGUGUUUUAGUACAGCAGCAGGGGAAAUGGCAAAGAAAGGAAUGCAGAAAGGGCAAAGGACACAACUAUAUAUGCUCCAGAAAACUGUAAAGAAAGCUGACAUUCAAACACAUACCUGGCCUUUCUUGUGAAUAGUAAUUUUAAAACAUAUUUAUUUGAGAGUGCCAGAAGAGCUCAAAAUGAGGUGACAGGUAACCUAAUUGUAGUAGGUUUAUAAAAAUCUGUUAGU